AUGAAGCCAAUCCCACCUCGACUGAAGGAAUCCAGCGAUCCUCCAUCACCACAAGGUGGCCACAGCUGGAGGCCCCAUCGCCCGCUCCUAGGACGAUUCAGAUGGCAAUCUGACAGCACGAGGCGCCUAAUGGGCAUAUUCGCCCACCCAAUUCCGAGUCCCAAUAUCAGACAGACCUUCCAGUACUUACUUCCCUCUCGCGACCGUCCCACAUUCGUCCCGAACAGCUUGAUCACCGCGCUCUGUCGGGGUAUAGAAACCUGGUCCGAAAAGAGGUAGACCACAGUCCAGGACUCCAAAGGUCCUUUUUUUU